AAUGAAGGAGUUUCAAGGUCGUGGCUGCAUGAAAUCUGGGCUACCGCUUCCUCCAAAGCACUGAUCCAAAACAUAAAGUACCUUUUCUCCAACUUGCCCAUCCCUUACAAACCACUGUGAAGAAGAUGAAAAUCAGAUGUUAAAUAAACAUCAAAUACAAAUCAUCUUCUUCAAUCUUCGUGAAAUGGGAUAUUUAAGAUAGACUGCCAAUUUAGGCUUGUUUAGAUGGUUUCGGGAUUAUCGUCGAAUUGCAUUGUGGAUUAAUUUGUGAAAGCUAAUUUAAUGAAAGUGGCGGAUUAUUUGUGGGAGUGCAUGCCCGUUUGGGGUAUGAACCUGCAAAUAUGACACCUAAGGAUUUGCCAACUAGGGGAUCUAAAUAUCUGUGCAAUCAUCUGCGGAAUAGUGUGUUGAAUCCGAAAUUAUUAGGAAGGUACAAGGAAGUGUUAACAUUCUAGGAAAGUGUGGAAUUACCAAGCCGCCAUAACGGAUUCCUCGAGCUUUGAGGGGUGGCCUUUCCCUUUCCUUCUCUUCUCCUCUGACCUUAAUCCCUGGUCCAAUGCAUUUCUUCCUCCCUUUCUGGAUCCUCACAACCUCAUUGGUAUUGUUAUGGGUUGAAAGUGCAAUCUCAUCACCUGUCAACAAUAACAAACUUCAUUAUCAAAUGUCACCAGAUGAGCUGCAAAGGAUAUUUAAAGUUAAAUCUCCUGAUUUAGUGCCAGAAUAUCAGAUAGUCAAUUUGCGAACAAUAUCUAAGCGAGAUACCUCAUCAGAAGACGUCAAACAGAUUCAUAUGUCAGCAUUUGGAAAGAAACUCCACCUUAAUUUAAGAAAAAAUUCAGAUUUCGAACAAAGGAUAAAGAAAAUGAAAGUUCUCAUGGCAGAAACAACUGGACCAGGUCAACUGAAUUACCACGAGCCACAAGAAAAUCAUUCUGACCAAGGAACUACUUAUCAUGAUGAAAAGCAUAUGGCAGCAGUCCUAAUGAGGGACGGAGAUAAUGGGCAGUUGGAAUUGGAAGGAACUAUUGGAAAUGAUCUUGUAAUACAUCCAUUACCACCGAAAAUGAUAGACUAUGAUGAAGGAUUUGUCGAUGAUGAAGUGUUUUUGGAUGAAGAUGAAGCCGAGGAACUGAAAAAGACGAAUGUUUCAAAUUAUCAAAAGCCAAAUUCUUAUUAUUCUAAAUUACAGAAAGGAAAACAUAUCAUUUACAAAAAGAAAUUGCGUCCGGUAUUAAAGGAUCACCAUUCAGAUUACUUGCCUUUAGAGGAAGAGUUUUUGGGAAAUUUUACGCACCACCGUUCUAAAAGACAAUCACCGGACACAGUAUGGCCCGAAGUACUUUUGGUCGUAGAUUAUGAAUCUUAUAUUCUUCAUGGUGGCAACAGUAGAGAUGUAAAAAGAUAUUUUAUCAGCUUUUUCAAUGGGGUGGAUUUAAGGUAUAAACUUUUACAUCAUCCGAGAGUUCGUAUUAGUUUAGCUGGAAUGAUUGUAGCGAAAGAUCGGGAUGCCACGCCAUACUUAGAAAGAAACAGAUUAAGGGCACCCAACGCAGACGCUGUAGAUGCAGCUGGUGCUCUCACAGACAUGGGGAAAUACUUAUAUAGAGAACAUCGGUUGCCAACGUAUGAUCUAGCAGUGGUCAUUACGAAACUCGACAUGUGCCGAAGAAGAUUCCCCAAUGGACGAUGCAAUCGUGGUACAGCAGGAUUUGCGUACGUUGGAGGUGCAUGCGUUGUAAACAAAAGAUUAGAAAAAGUCAAUAGUGUUGCAAUUAUUGAAGAUAGUGGUGGAUUCAGCGGAAUAAUUGUUGCAGCCCAUGAAAUAGGCCAUUUAUUGGGUUGUGUUCACGACGGCUCUCCCCCUCCAAGUUACCUCGGAGGACCAGGAGCUACUCAUUGUCCUUGGGAAGAUGGUUUCAUCAUGAGUGAUUUGAGACACACAGAACGAGGUUUCAAGUGGUCUUCAUGCAGCGUAGAGCAAUUCAAACAUUUUUUGAAUGGUGAAACAGCCUCAUGUUUAUUCAAUUUCCCCCACGAAAAUGAUCUUUUAGUUCGAGUUCUGCCAGGAACGAUGCUUUCAUUAGAUGAUCAGUGCAAACGAGACAGAGGAACAACUGCAUGUUUUAAAGAUGCAAGAGUUUGUGCACAACUCUUUUGCUUUGACACAGCCUCUGGUUAUUGUGUAUCGUACCGACCAGCUGCUGAAGGAUCUGUCUGUGGUGACGGCCAGGUUUGUAAAAAUGGGCGAUGUCUAGCUGAAUUAGAAAAUAUAAUUCCCGACUACAGUCAUGUCACAGAGACUUAUGUCAAAGCUGAAGAACGAAUAGAUAAUCAUAAUCAGGAUGAAAACAUUGAAACAAGGAUACCAGCGACGACGUUACCGCCACCACAAAGAAGAGCUCGUAUCAGAAGGCCAAAUAGGAGACCCAUCAGAGAUGUCUCUGAGAAAGAAAAUUUAGUUGAAAUGUUUUCUAAACCUAACUUAGAAGACAAAGUAGAUUACCAGGCAUAGAACACCACCUGUGAAACUUGAUCUCAAUAACAAGCCUAAACACUGAAUGAAUUCAGUUCAGUAUCGUCCAACAGCCAUUCAUCCAUAAAAGCCUAUAUUAUCACUUUCAAAGAUAGGCAGCAAGCAAGAAGGUCAAAAUACCUCAUCUAAGGCCAUCAUAUAUUUAUAAAUUACAUCAAAUUGCAGCAUUUCAUUUUCAUCUGAUAUAUAUUAAGCAUUAUAUAUCUACCACGCACUUUUAGACUGAAACUAAAAU